UAGAAUUGGUGAAAUUGAAUUUUAUGGUUUAAAAACUUUAAUAAUGGCCCGCGACGAAGAUAAUGGCUUCAGUGAAUGGGGCGGCUACUUCGAGGCGAAGAAGUCCAAGUUGGAGGAGCAGUUCGCCGCCGCGAGUGACCCGUUUCGCAAGUCCGACCUUUUCCAGGGAAUCUCGAUCUUUGUGAACGGCCUGACCAAUCCGUCGGCGGACGAACUGAAGCGGAUCAUGAUGGUGCACGGCGGCACCUUAAACCACUACGAGAGGAGCCACACGACCUUCACCAUCGCCUCCGUUCUGCCGGACGUGAAGGUCAGGAACAUGAAUCUCAGCAAGUUCAUCGGCGCCCAGUGGGUGGUGGACUGCCUGGCGAAGGGAAAGAUCGUGGACUACAAGCCCUAUUUGCUGUUUACCAACCAGAAGACCUCGCAGCCCAGGCUAAACUUUGGAAAGAAGGCAGAAACCAGUGUAAAUGAGAGCAAAAUGGAGGUGGAUCCUGCGAAGGAUGAGCUGGGCGGGAUUCUCAAGGAGCUGCAGCAGGCGGUGGUGGCCCCGUCGCCGGAAAAGGAGGCCAGUUUGUCCGAGACGAAGAUCACCAACCUAUCAAAUACAUCAAAUAGUAGUACAGCCCGCACAGCCGCAGAUCCCAACUUUCUGAGCGAGUUCUACAAGAACUCCCGGCUGCAUCAUAUAGCCACUCUGGGAGCGGGUUUCAAGCAGUAUGUCUGCCAGCUGCGUCAGGAUCAUGGCUCCCAGGGUUUUCCCAAGAGGGAGCUAUUGAAAUCCCUCCAGAAAUCCCAUCGAAUGUCCUCAGAUCGCUUUGUAAUGCACAUCGACAUGGACUGCUUCUUUGUAUCCGUGGGUUUGAGAUCCCGCCCUGAGUUGCGUGGCCUGCCCAUUGCGGUGACCCACUCCAAAGGAGGCAGUGCAGCCACCGAUGUGCCUGUGCAUCCGCAGGCGGACAGAAAGGCUGAAUUAGAGCUCUUUGCCCAGCGCUUCGAGCAUCAGCUUCAUGACGGCGACAAGGCGGAGAAGGUGCGCUCGGGCUUCGACAAGAAGAUGUCGCUCUCGGAGAUCGCCUCCUGCAGCUACGAGGCGCGGGCCAAGGGCAUCCGCAACGGCAUGUUCGUGGGCCAGGCGCUGAAGCUCUGUCCGGAGCUCAAGACGAUUCCUUACGACUUUGAGGGCUACAAGGAGGUGGCCUCCUGUUUAUACGAUACUGUGGCCCAGUACACCCUGAAUAUAGAGGCUGUGAGCUGCGACGAGAUGUUCGUGGAGCUAACCGAUCUGGUGGACGAACUGAAGCUAGAUGUGAUGGCCUUCGUGGGGCAUCUCAGGCAGGAGGUACUCGCCAAGACGGGAUGUCCCUGCUCAGCGGGAGUGGCUUCCAAUAAGUUACUGGCACGCAUGGCCACCAAGGAGGCCAAGCCAAACGGCCAGUUCCUGCUGGACUCCAAGCAAGAUAUUUUAGCCUACAUGGCGUCCAUGGCCGUGGAAUCCCUGCCCGGAGUGGGCAGCAGCAUGAGCCACAAGCUCAAGCAGGCGGGGCUGCAAAACUGCGGCGAUGUGCAGAACACUUCGCUGGAGAAGCUGGAAACGCUGCUGGGCAAGAAGCUGGGUCAGAAUUUGUUUCAGAACUGCCGGGGCAUCGAUGAUCGUCCUUUGGCCUAUGAUCAGCAACGCAAAACGGUCUCCGCUGAGAUGAACUUUGGCAUUCGCUUCACCAACUCCACCCAGUGCGAACAAUUUCUGCGGCAGCUCAGCGACGAGGUGACCAAGCGUCUGGUUGAGAUCAAGCGCAAGACCAAGUCUAUAAAUCUAAAGAUCAUGGUGCGUGCCGCCGAAGCGCCCGUCGAAACUUCGAAGUACAUGGGCCACGGCGUUUGCGAUACCAUCAACAAAUCCUCACUGAUUAAACAUGCCACGGACGAUGUGAAUGUGAUCACCUCGCAGGUCCUCAACCUGAUGAAAGAGGCCGAUCUGCCGCCGCACGAGCUGCGUGGAAUUGGCAUUCACUUAACCAAGCUGGAGGAUGCCAGCGAAGUGCGAAAGGAUAACGUCCUCAAGCAGAUGUUUUCCAAGAUGUCGGAGAUGAAGAAAGAUAAACCUGUAGUGGAGAAAGCCCCCGGCAGGAAGUCCCUAAACGAUCAACCUCUUGCAGAUCCACUUGCUUUUAGCAAGCCACCAGUAGAUGAAGUGAAAGUCAAGCCCAGGGAGCCCAGGAAUGUGAUGAACAUGCUCACUGCAGCCGCUGGAAAGAGAUCGCUAAACGAGUGCAAAGUUCGCAAGGAUGCUGUAAAGCCGAGUGCUCAGAUAAUCCCCCUUGGACCUGAGAUCGAUGAGGAUAUUCUGGCUCAGCUGCCGGAGGAUAUACGCCUCGAGGUGCUGGCCAACAAGGAUGAGUACCUGCGCAUAGCGGAAGUCGAUGAAAAUGCUGCUGGGAAAACGGGAACUCCUAGUUUUCCUUCUCUCCCAUCGCCUCCUAUGAUGAAACGCAACCGCUCACCGGACUUGAGUCCCCUAAACGCCAGCGAUCUGAAGCCAUCUACCUCCCGGGCAGCUGUGGCUCGAAUGCAAAAGCGCAAGGCAAAGGAGCACUGCAUCCGACCAGAUGAAAUUGUGGCGGAGUACAUCGAUAAGCUGCCGAAUCACGUGCAUCCCGCCAUUCUGGAGUAUAUCUCUCGUCCCAAGGACGAAGUGCCCAAUUUGCUGAUGGGUUCCAGCUACAAGAGCCUGCUGAACGAAUGGGUCAGUCGCGAGGAGAUUCCCCGGCCAGCCGACGUGGAUAUGAUCCACCAGCAGAUCUCGCACAUGAUCAAGAGCGACAAAUUGAAUCACUUGUACGAUGUGAUGAAGUAUUUGUGCCGCAUCAUCAAUAUGAAGCGCAGCGGCUCCUGUUGCUGGCACAUAGCCUACAAACACCUCGAGGAGGAUAUUCAACUGCAAGUGCUAGAGCACGAGGGCUGCACUCUUUGCUUCAUCGAAAACAUUCGCUGCAUGAAGUGCAUGUAA